AUGGCCGCAGUAUUUGAUAUGGAAGGCUACGAUGUAGCCGAUGGAGCCUCAACCCUCGCAAAUGAACUUAAUUACAAGUUAAUCAUCCAUGAUGAAUCACCCGAUGAAUUUACUCCACAAAGUUAUUUCGGAGAGAACAGAUCGGAUCCAAUUCCCAUGUCAAAACAAACAAGAAGACGAUCUUCCAUUGCCUCGUCGUACGAAGUUAAAAUCAAACAUUCAUAUAGUUCAACGAAUAACGGACCAAAUUUACAUAAACCCAAGCUUGCAGAUUUCGAACCAAUAAAAGUAUUGGGGAAAGGAUCCUACGGGAAAGUGCUUCUUGUUCGUGAAUUAUCCACCGGUCGAUUAUUUGCACAAAAACAGUUGAAGAAGGCUUCGCUUAUAAUCAAUGAGAAUACUAACGAAGUAAAUGAAAAGAAUUAUAAUCGUACGGUAAACGAGAAAAAUAUUUUGGAAAUGGUGAAUCAUCCAAAUAUUGUUAAAUUAUAUUACGCUUUCCAGGAUAAUAACAAGGUAUACCUCAUAUUGGAAUAUCUCGAUGGUGGAGAAUUGUUUCAUCAUUUAGCAUUAGAAAGAUUCAUGACUGAGAAAAAUGCCAGUUAUUAUAUUGCCCAAAUGGUUCUUGCGUUAAGAUACUUGCAUGUUAAUUUAAAGGUUAUUUAUCGAGAUUUAAAACCAGAAAAUUGUAUGUUGAACUCGAAUGGUAACUUGGUAUUGACUGACUUUGGAUUGUCUAAAGUUUCAAGUGAGAGUAAGAGCCAUUCAAUGACAGGAACAGCUCAAUAUAUGGCACCUGAAGUGUUGAAAGGUGAUGAAUAUGAUUAUUCGGUAGAUUGGUGGUCGUUAGGAUGUGUUGCGUAUGAUUUAUUAACAGGAUCUCCUCCAUACACAGGUACCAACCCCACGAAAAUUUUGGAAAAAAUCAAAAAUUCCAAAAAGACAUUGAAAUUCCCUUUUUAUUUAAGUGUUGAAGCAAAAGAUUUACUCAGGAAAUUACUUCAAGUUGAUCCAUUCAAAAGAAUAAACGUCGAUGAAGAUUUCAAGGCUUUCAAACAACAUAGAUUUUUUAGACAUGUAAAUUGGGAUGAGCUUGAAAAUAUUGAAAAUAGUGAAUCUCUUCCACCAAUAUUGCCAAUUAUCACUGAUCCCAUAUUGGCGGAAAAUUUUGAUGAUGAAUUUACUACUUUACCUAUGUCACCUGAAACUAAUAUGAUAAAAGAUAUACUCCAUGUUAAAGGAUUCACAUAUACCAAUCCUUCAUACUUGGAUCAACAGUAUUUAAAUCCAAAAGAUUUAUAG